AUUUUCGUUUCGAGUUUAGUUGCGAUGAAAAUCUUCGCGUUGCUUCUGGUUGUUAUCGCAACUGCUAAUUGUGCUGAGCUUCGUUGCACAUACAAAACUCUUGACUUUGUCAGACCUUAUUAUGAAUGCGAUGGCAGAGUGACAACUUCAGCGAGUGAUUUCGAAGUGUCAACUGUUCAAGGCGAUCAUGAAGAGGGCAAGGGAAUGAACGAUAUUAUUGGUGUCGUUAUAAGAGACUGUUCGUUAGAGAAGAUGCCAAGAAAGUUGGGAGUUUGGUUCAGAAAUUUCAGAGAGUUCGGACUCUUUGACAUCCAAAACUUCCCCAACUUCCAACGCGUUGAUUUCAGUGAAUACCGUCAAUUACGAGUUUUCCGUGCUAAAAACUUACGCCAAGUCACUCGAGUUCCAAAGGAUACUUUCUUCGACUUAACAGCAUUGGAAGAACUUUAUCUUGACAAUAUGGUUAAUAUGGAAAACUUGGACGGAGAUUUAUUGAUGAACUUGAGAGGUUUGCGAGUUUUCUCAGCUCAGGGACCUAACAAAAUCAAGCAAAUCAGUCGAGGAUUCUUCGAUAAUCAAUCUCGUACAUUGAGUGAAAUCAAUUUUCAACGAACAAACUUGAAAAGAAUUACGUACACAAUUUUCAAUUUACGUGAUUUGACAUCAGCAAACUUCGUCGGUGCUGGUUGUCUCGAUAAAUGGUAUCAAACACCAAACAUGCCUGAAACCCUAUUCGACGACAUUCGUAAUAAAUGUCAAGACACAACAAACACCAGAGCCUUGACCAGAGCAAAUUAUAUCGUCAUGAACGAAUCAUCUUCGUCAGAAUCUUCAUCAGAUUAA